AAUUAUAAAAAAUCAAAUUCUGUCUGUCACUAGUUUACAGUUUUCAGUUAUAACAUGAAAAGACUUCUUUCCAAUUGUUCUACAUCAAAUUUUCUAAGAAUCGGUAAUCCAUGGAUUAUGUGUAGAUUAAAAUAUGAUUUUGCAAAUUCUGAACAUUCCAAUUACAAAUUUCCGAGUGCCGAUAUUCACAGAAACCUGAAUAAAUAUCUAUUUAGUAAGAUCUCCAAUGCAAAAGAUGAGGAAUCGAAGAGCAAAAUUAUAAAAACAAUCAUAAAAAUAAAUCGUGAGAGUAAAUUGGACUUCUUAACGAUUGAUCUUCUUAUGAAAUCGAAAGUGCGAAAUUAUGCAGUGAAAUCGAAUGAUAUCAAUAAUCGAAAUUCCAAUGUACCACAACAAACAAUAUCAGAGACUAAAGAAAAUGAAACAGAGAAAAAGUCACAUACGAGCGUUAUACCUAGGCUGAUAAGAAGAGAACCAGGUGAAGUAAUUUGGGGAUUCAUUCCAAAGGAAUGGGUUUCUUUCUUCGUUCCCAUUACAGGAUACUCGGGAUUCUAUACCCUGCUUGUAACUUUGGGAACAUAUUUAUUCAGUAAAGAAAUUUACGUUUGUGAUCAUGAAUACUAUAACGGCUUAUCCCUUAUAAUAUUGUGUAUUUAUGCAGUCAAAACACAAGGACCAAAACUAGCAAAAUAUUUAGACAAAGAAAUAGACAAUUAUGAACGCGAUUUAAACAAGUGGAAGGAGAAAGAGAAGCAAAACUUAAGGGAUGCAAUAGUUUCGGCAGUAAAAGAUCAGGAAUGUAUGGAAGGUCAGCAAAUUUUGAUAGCAGCCAAAAGAGAAAAUGUUCAUUUACAGAGGGAAGCCGAAUUUCGAAAGCGACAGAUGGAAGUUUAUGAAAAUGUUACAAGAAUUUUGAAUUAUCAUGUUGAGAGUGAAAAUGUGAGAAGGUCUGUUCAACAGAAAAAUUUAAUACAGUGGGUGAUAAAAGAAGUGGAAAAAAGUCUGACACCGCAGCUUAAAGAAGAAUAUAUGAAAUUAUGCAUGGCAGACAUAAAAGAUAUAUUGAAAAGAAACCCAAAAUGAGCAACUUUUAAUAAUAACCUAUUUUAUACAAUACUUUAUCACUAAUCUUAGGAGUAAUCGAAAUAUACAAAACAUUUAACAAUA